AUGUCUACUACAGUUGAAAAGAUUAAGACCAUCGAGGAGGAGAUGGCCCGUACGCAAAAGAAUAAGGCUACCUCUUUUCAUUUGGGUCAGCUAAAGGCCAAGCUUGCCAAGCUAAGAAGAGAACUUCUGACAAGUGCUUCCUCAGGUAGUGGUGGUGGUGCUGGUGUAGGUUUUGAUGUUGCAAGAACAGGUGUUGCAAGUGUGGGUUUUGUUGGGUUCCCAUCAGUGGGUAAAUCUACACUUUUGUCAAAACUAACAGGUACUGAAUCAGAAGUUGCGGCAUACGAGUUCACAACUUUAGUCACUGUUCCUGGUGUUAUUCGUUAUAAGGGUGCCAAAAUCCAAAUGUUAGAUUUGCCGGGUAUUAUUGACGGUGCCAAAGAUGGUAGAGGUCGUGGUAAGCAAGUUAUUGCUGUUGCAAGAACAUGUAAUUUACUUUUUAUUGUAUUAGAUGUUAACAAACCGCUUAACCACAAACAGAUUAUUGAGAAGGAACUAGAAGGUGUUGGUAUAAGAUUAAACAAAACACCACCGGAUAUUAUUAUUAAAAAGAAAGAGAGAGGUGGUAUUUCAAUCACUAAUACAGUUCCAUUAACACAUUUAGAUCACGACGAGAUUAGGGCUGUUAUGAGUGAAUAUAGAAUUAACAGUGCCGAAAUCGCUAUCAGAUGUGAUGCUACAGUUGAUGAUUUAAUUGAUGUUUUAGAAGCACCUUCCAGAAGAUACAUGCCCGCUAUUUACGUGCUAAAUAAGAUCGACUCUUUAUCUCUAGAAGAACUAGAAUUAUUAUACAGAAUCCCAAAUGCUGUUCCGAUAUCGUCUGAAAGAGAGUGGAAUCUAGACGAGUUAUUACAAGUUAUGUGGGAUAGAUUGAACUUGGUUCGUGUCUACACUAAACCUAAAGGUAGAAUACCUGAUUUCACAGAUCCAGUUGUUUUAAGAUCAGAUCGUUGUAGUGUUAAGGAUUUCUGUAACCAAAUUCACAAAUCGCUUGUUGAUGAGUUUAGAAAUGCACUUGUUUAUGGUAGUAGUGUCAAGCAUCAGCCACAAUAUGUGGGUCUGUCUCAUACUCUAGAAGACGAGGAUGUUGUUACAAUUUUAAAGAAGUAA